UACCUGCCAUUUGUACAAAUCUUUAGAGCCUUGACCUUGAAAUAUUAACAGCUUCAGCCCUUAAUGGAAAGUUUGUUUUUGAUAACGGUAAUAAUAAAGUAUCAUUAUACAAUUUACUUAAAUCAUUAUUAUUUACUUUCAGUUACUUUUUUAUUGAAGAUUUGUCAAUUAUUUUUGAAGAAAAUUUUUUUAAUAACAAUGUCCUUGAAAAUUUUAAUGUAAUUUAUUAGGAAAAUAAUUUCUUUUUCGUAAUAAAUUAUGAUGAAACAUAAUUAAGUUGAAUUU